UAUAAUGGUUGCAAACGGCGGUCACACUACAGUUCCCACGGUCCGAAUUUUUUGAUUUUUCCGAUUGAAGCACACAAAGAAAAUGCAGAAAAGCUAAAAGAAUAAAGGAAAAGUCGAUUGACUGAUUGUCAACUAGCCGUACACUGUUAGCUGAGGUAUUUUUCCGUCCGGGGAAAGCCAGGAAAUCGUUGAUUUCGGGGCGGCGUCCCCCCCGCAGAGCGAGAUAGCAAGUGAGGGAGUAGGAAUCGGUGGAGGAGGAGGAGCAAGAAGAAGAACAUAAGGAGGAGCAGGAUCAGGACUAUAUAUAUAUAUAUAAAAUGACCACCCAGCGAACGCAGACUCAGACGAGGAAUCCGGGCAAUUCCGAUUCUGACUAUGAGACACUGAUGCAGCGUCUUCACAUCGGUGGUGGUGGAGGAGGAGGCGGGGGAAUUGGUGGCCCUGGUGAUGGAGCCAUGGCAAUGAGGAAUGAGCAUCAGCAGAUGCAGCAUCUCUAUCGCAAUCCGGACUAUAAGCUCUACGAACGCGGUAAUAUCAUAGCAGCCUCCAAAUAUGCCACGCCCCGUCCAGUGGAGCAGAUGCAGCAUGUCCACAAUGGCAGUGCCCACAUCUAUGCACCCACCGCUCAGAUUUUGGGUCAACGAAUUGCCCCCCAGAAGCAUUCGCCGGUGUACGAGAACCUCGAAUUCUAUGGCCAGUUUGAUUCGAACCACAAGAGGGCUCAGCCCCAAAGUCCUGGUAGCAGGCAGAGUGCCAUGCUCAAUGACUAUCUGCUAAUGCAACCGAUUGGGGCAGGACGCUUUGCACACACGCCAGUGCCAGAGAAUCCGGGUAGUGGAUUAGGAGGCACGCUAAGAGGAGCAGCAGGCCAACCAACAGGGCGAUCUGUGGCAUUGGGACCUACUUCUGAUCUGGAGGAGCACGCUGCACCCAUUUAUGAAAACAUCAUUCCCCAUUCCGGUCAGCGGGCACAGCCGCAAGCCUCGCCGGCUACCGCCACCAUGUACCAGGAGAUGCAGCCGACGUCCAAUUCAUCGGGCGGUUCAUCCACUGCUGGCCUGGAUCUCAAUGCACUGCUGGCCUCGCCCAUGCACCAGCGAAGUAUCAGCAGUAAUACGGCAAGUUCCAGCUCGCUGGGAUCGCCCACUCAGCGAUAUAGGAAUCUUUCGCUGCCUAGCCAUUUGAGUCCAGUGCCCACGGCGCACUCGGUGGCCAAACUGCAACAGCAUACGCCCAUUAAGUCGCCCAGUGGCGCCAUCAAUGUCUCCGUGAAUCCCAAUUAUAUAGAGGACAUUAAUAGCUCUGACUACGUUUGUAUGACAGCGAAUCUGCAUCGGACGUCUACGUCUGCAGCCGGAGUGGCCACUGGCAGGGCGGCUGCAACGGGUGCCACGGCCCAACGAACUGUCCAGGAACCAGCUACGAUAUCAUCCUCACUGGCCAUGGGUAUGGCUACGGCAGCACCGCCAGCCACAUCUAUUGCACCGGUAACAGCCCCACCAUCAUCAGUAACAGCAUCAGCAGCACCAUCAUCCACCGCCUCGUUGAGAGCCACGCCCAUUGCGAUGACAGCUCCUCUGGCGGUGGCUACAUCACCCACGCCCUCGCAGGGCAGUACAGCCAUUAACGCUGCCUUGAAACCCAGGAGAGGUCUCACCAAGAAUCUGCUGCCGUAUAGUGUCACCCCGCCGCGUCCGGCUGGCCCGACAGAGGCGCAGCGUAAGAUCGAGGAGCUCACCCGCCAGCUGGAGGAGGAGAUCGAGCAAAGUGAAGAGCAUGGCGAAUACUUUGGCAUCUGUCACACCUGCGGGGAGAAGGUGAAAGGUGCCGGUCAAGCCUGUCAGGCAAUGGGAAAUCUUUAUCACACCAAUUGCUUCAUCUGCUGCUCCUGCGGUCGGGCGCUACGUGGCAAGGCCUUCUAUAAUGUCCAUGGACGUGUCUAUUGUGAGGAGGAUUACAUGAACUCACUCUUGCAGUAUUCGGGCUUCCAGCAGACGGCGGAAAAGUGCGCCAUCUGCGGCCACUUAAUUAUGGAGAUGAUCUUGCAGGCCAUGGGCAAAUCGUAUCAUCCGGGCUGCUUCCGGUGCUGUGUGUGCAAUGAGUGCUUAGAUGGUGUACCCUUCACCGUGGAUGUGGACCACAAGAUCUACUGCGUCAACGAUUAUCAUAGAAUGUUUGCCCCUAAGUGCGCAAGUUGUGGCAAAGGCAUCACGCCCGUCGAGGGCACCGAUGAAACCGUGCGCGUAGUUUCAAUGGACAAGGACUUCCACGUGGACUGCUACAUUUGCGAGGAGUGCGGAAUGCAGCUAACCGAUGAGCCAGACAAGCGCUGUUACCCGCUGGACGGGCGCUUGCUCUGCCGUGGAUGCCACCUGCAACGUCUGGCGCUGCAAUCAUCGCCGCAUGCCCGUCAUCAGGAGCCCGUCUGCGCUUCCUAUCAAUAUAUGGGAUAAGCGUAACGGCAUACUCCGAUCCACGCAAACAUCCCCAAAUUCGACAGAGUGGCGCACAACUCAAGAACAAAACUAUCGCAAUCAACUUAUUCCAAUUAACAAUAUUAUCAUAAACAGACAAGAAGUGAAAACAAAACAAAUGCAUUUAUACGAAACGAUCGCUAAGUAAGUGGCUUUUUUAUUAUUAUUUUUAUGGCAGUGCAUGAGGAUCUCGAAACGGGGAUCUGUUAGAAGAAAAAAAACAAAACUAUGUAAUGGAUUCCUGUGAAAUCUCUGACAAUUUGGCAGUAAUUGUUGGCAAUACUAUAUUCUCAUAUAUUAAAAAGACUUUUUCAAAUAUGUCCUGUCGGGUGUUCCUGAGACCUCUUGAGGUUUCAUAGCAAUAGCAACGGUGUCUCAAAAUAUGCAAUAAAAUAUUAUAUUCUGA